CCACCCAGCAUGGCACCUUGGGCAGUAGCCGGCUCCUCGGACAAGGGGCCGUCCUGGUCCAGCCGAUCCCUGGGUGCCCGCUGCCGGAACUCCAUCGCCUCCUGCCCCGAGGAGCAGCCCCACGUGGGCAACUACCGCCUGCUGAGGACCAUCGGGAAGGGCAACUUUGCCAAAGUCAAGCUGGCCCGGCACAUCCUCACCGGCCGGGAGGUUGCCAUCAAAAUCAUCGACAAAACCCAGCUGAACCCCAGCAGCCUGCAGAAGCUGUUCCGAGAAGUUCGUAUCAUGAAGGGCCUAAACCACCCCAACAUCGUGAAACUCUUCGAAGUGAUCGAGACUGAGAAGACGCUGUACCUGGUGAUGGAAUAUGCAAGUGCUGGAGAAGUAUUCGACUACCUCGAGCACACUGGCCCAAGAAGGAGAAGGAAGCUUCGAGACAAGUUCCGACAGAUUGUAUCGGCUGUGCACUACUGUCACCAGAAAAACAUUGUCCACAGGGACCUGAAGGCCGAGAACCUCUUGCUGGACGCCGAGGCCAACAUCAAGAUCGCCGACUUUGGCUUCAGCAACGAGUUCACGCUGGGCUCGAAGCUGGACACGUUCUGCGGGAGCCCCCCGUACGCCGCCCCGGAGCUGUUCCAGGGCAAGAAGUACGACGGGCCGGAGGUGGACAUCUGGAGCCUGGGCGUCAUCCUGUACACCCUCGUCAGCGGCUCCCUGCCCUUCGACGGGCACAACCUCAAGGAGCUGCGGGAGCGAGUCCUCAGGGGGAAGUACCGGGUCCCUUUCUACAUGUCUACCGACUGUGAGAGCAUCCUGCGCAGAUUUUUGGUGCUGAACCCCGCUAAACGCUGUACUCUGGAGCAAAUCAUGAAAGACAAAUGGAUCAAUAUCGGCUAUGAGGGUGAGGAGCUGAAGCCAUACACAGAGCCGGAGGAGGACUUUGGGGACACCAAGCGAAUCGAGGUGAUGGUGGGUAUGGGCUACACUCGGGAAGAAAUCAAAGAGGCCUUGACCAGCCAGAAGUACAACGAAGUGACCGCCACCUACCUCCUGCUGGGCAGGAAGACUGAGGAGGGCGGGGACCGGGGCGCCCCAGCACUGGCCCUGGCAAGGGUGCGGGCGCCCAGCGACACCACCAACGGGACAAGCUCCGGCAAAGGCACCAGCCACAGCAAAGGGCAGCGGAGCUCCUCCUCCACCUACCACCGCCAGCGCAGGCACAGCGACUUCUGUGAUGCCAGCCCUAACUGUCCCCUCCCUCCACCAGGCGGCCCAUCCCCCACACCCCUGCACCCCAAGCGCAGCCCAACCAGCACGGGGGAGGCGGAGCUGAAGGAGGAGCGCCUGCCGAGCCGGAAGGCGAGCUGCAGUGCUGCGGGCAGCGGGAGCCGAGGGCUGCCCCCCUCCAGCCCGAUGGUCAGCAGUGCCCACAACCCCAACAAAGCAGAAAUCCCGGAGCGGCGGAAGGACAGCACGAGCACCCCUAACAACCUCCCUCCCAGCAUGAUGACCCGCAGGAACACCUACGUUUGCACGGAACGCCCAGGGGCUGAGCGCCCGUCCCUGUUGCCAAAUGGCAAAGAAAACAGCUCGGGUACCCCACGGGUGCCCCCCGCCUCCCCCUCCAGUCACAGCCUGGCUCCCCCAUCAGGGGAGCGGAGCCGCCUGGCACGGGGCUCCACCAUCCGUAGCACCUUCCACGGUGGCCAGGUCCGGGACCGGCGGGCAGGGGGCGGGGGAGGUGGGGGCGUGCAGAACGGGCCCCCUGCCUCUCCCACACUGGCCCACGAGGCCACACCCCUGCCCACCGGGCGGCCCCGCCCCACCACCAACCUCUUUACCAAGCUGACCUCCAAACUGACCCGAAGGGUCUCAGACGAACCUGAGAGAAUCGGGGGACCUGAGGUCACAAGUUGCCAUCUACCUUGGGAUCAAACGGAAACCGCCCCCCGGCUGCUCCGAUUCCCCUGGAGUGUGAAGCUGACCAGCUCGCGCCCACCCGAGGCCCUGAUGGCAGCUCUGCGCCAGGCCACCGCGGCCGCCCGCUGCCGCUGCCGCCAGCCACAGCCGUUCCUGCUGGCCUGCCUGCACGGGGGUGCGGGCGGGCCCGAGCCCCUGUCCCACUUCGAAGUGGAGGUCUGCCAGCUGCCCCGGCCGGGCCUGCGGGGAGUUUCUUUCCGGCGCGUGGUGGGCACUGCCCUGGUCUUCCGCACCCUCGUCACCCGCAUCUCCAACGACCUCGAGCUCUGAGCCACCGGCCCUGGGUCCCGUCCUCCCUCCUCCUCCUCGUCUUCUUCACGUCUGCAGGAGGAAAAGGGGUCCG